GCAAUGUUGUACGCAUGUUAACAUUUUAUCCUGUGCUUUUUAGUGAUUACUCUCACAGUUUCAGGUUGGUGACCUUUGGAGCCAGGUUGUUGAUGACCCAUUUGAAAUAAACAUUUGCUAAACAACAGUUAACAUAACAAAACCGCCAAAACAAUCAUAAUUUAUGUGUUUCAGUUGACAGUCAAAAGCUUCUUUGGUAUACCUGAUGUAGUUUGGUUCAUGUUUUGUUGUAAUCAGACCAAAUCUCAUGCAGAAAAAGCUACAAAAUAAUUCCGGGGUCUUUUCGAUCAUGUCAUUCCCCACUGAGUGCCUAAGUAAUGGGAUGGCUGUGUGACCUCCUAGUAGUGACAUACUUGGAAGAACAUUACCUGAAAGACUUGAAAAAAUCCUCUGUUCACAGUCAAGAUAAACACUAAAAAUACACCUACUUUAAUCUGCUUACAGGACGUGUGCUGCCUGAUGGACCACAUGCACACACACGCACACACACGCAUGGCGAGUGAGCCUUAAGAGCAACCUAAUACCUAACGGCUUCAUCAUCUCCAGAGUUCGCUCUUAUGGUUUCUCGUCUGGAGGGGCUGUGCAGCCUGGACUGUUUGUCUGAGCCCUUGGACAAGAUGAACAUGUCGAGCCGCCUCAGCCUCAACAGUCUGGGCAGGAUCUGCGGUACCAGACACAGCAGCGACGUGGUGGUUCUGGACCGGGUCAAGAGGAAGAACUCGGUCAGGCGCAUGUCGAUCAUCGAGGAUGGGCAAAUAGCUGAGAUUCUCUACCUGAUCCCCAAGCAGUGCAUCAUGGAGCAGCUGCCUCUCCUAAACCCCAAUGACUAUGUCCUGUGUGAGAAGCUGGCAGGCAUACCUGCGGAUGUGACAGUGCUGCACGCUCGGAACGACCUUCACCCUCAACCACCUGCAGCCAAGAAGGUCAUCAGAUGCGUUAAAUGUGGGGAGGUCUGCAAAGGGGAGGUGCUGCGAGUCCAGUCAAGUCACUUCCACAUCAGAUGCUUCACCUGCAAGGUAUGUGGCUGCGAUUUGGCUCGCUCUGGCUUCUUCUUGAAGAACGGAGACUCCCUCUGUCCGCUGGACUACCAGAGGCUCCAUGGCACCCUCUGCAACAGCUGCGGGGGAUUUGUGGAGGGAGAGGUGAUCUCCGUCUUGGGCAAGACCUACCACCCGGCUUGCUUUGUGUGCACUAUUUGCAAGAAACCAUUUCCAGCUGGUGAUUGCGUCACCUUUAGUGGGAAAGAUUGCAUCUGUCAACGAUGUGUUAGCCCGUUGUCUCCUCCACCUACUGGCAUCAGAUAUUCAAACAACUGCAAUGGCUGUGGCCGAGACAUCAAGAAUGGCCAGGCUUUGUUAGCUUUGGGGAGCCAAUGGCACCUUGGCUGCUUCAAGUGCAACAUCUGCAGAAGAAUGCUCAAUGGAGAAUACAUCAGCAAGGAUGGUGUCCCAUAUUGUGAGCGGGACUACCAGCUUCAAUUUGGCGUGCAGUGUGACGCAUGUCAGAAGUUUAUAUUGGGCAAAGUCCUUGAGGCAGGGGACAAACGCUAUCACCCAGAAUGUGCAAGAUGCAGCCGAUGUGAUAAAACAUUCACAGAAGGAGAAGAAAUGUAUCUGCAAGGAUCAACAGUGUGGCACCCGGACUGCAGAGAAAGCAGCAGAAACAAUGACAGUUACAGGGUUAGAAGAGCCAAAACACCUUGUCUUGACUUCUUUUACCCCCCAAGUGAACUUAAGUCGACUCUGUCUUCAUCUGAAAGCUCCUGCUCCAGACCAGGCUCAUGUACACCUGGAACUCCUGGUCGCACUAUCAGUGCUAAAGUAGAUGAUGAGAUCAUUGAUUACAGAGACUUAGCAGCAAUUCCCAGAGUCAAGGCUAUUUAUGACAUAGAGCAUCCUGAUAUGAUGUCCUAUAAGAGUGACAACAACAGCUCGGACAGCAAAGGCAAUACACAGGGCAGACAAAGCCCUGCAGAGUCUCCGGCAAAUGUAUCAGAGACCACAGAGGAGAGCUUUGAGUUGAGAAAAAGCAUUCCCAAGUCAGCAAGCCACGGAUCUUUCGGUGUUCAGUCGUACAGUCGUCAUAGCUACACGCCCACCAGAUCGCCACAGCACUUUCACCGGCCCGGACCUUUAUUUUGUGCCAACGACACCUUGCCCUUUCCCUUUUCCCAUCACUGCUUACUCCCUGAUAACAAAGACCAAGGUUUCAACAUGUACAAAAGGCCUCCAAUUUACAAACAGCAAGAUCCAAAUUCCUCCCAAACAUCCUCUUUGCCUGGAUAUGGCUGCAAUGGCCUCAAUCCGCCACAAUCAAAUGAUUUCCUUCUAAGCAGCGGUGACACAUUAAGAGGUAAGCAUAGAAAUGCCUCUAUUUCGAUUUCAAAUAUAUUUUUUUCAGGUAACCACCUUGCAAAUAAGUGAUUUUAAUAUCUUUUUUUUAGAUUUCAAGGUACGUACGUGAGAGGAUCAGUGCUCCAUUAAGUAUUAAUGCGACCAACUCAACAACCUAGCAACCUAGCAUAUAUUUAACCUCACAUUCUACACUAUUAAUUACUAUGUUGCUUGUGCAAAGGUAGCAUUAACCAUGUUGAGACAUUUUAUUGCUUGCUUUUUGUGUGUAGCUGCUCUAUAACAGCCCGCAUUUAUUUGCACGAAUGGACAGAGGCGUGUCAAUGCCUAAUUUGCUGGAGCCAAAAGCAAGUAUUUCAUUCUCCCUCUAAACUGUGUGCUUGUCUUGUGCAAAUACUAACCACGCAUGCAUUUAUAUAUAUAUGGUCAAUGUUUGGACUUUAACACAGUACUGUAUUUUGUUUUGUCAAGGUGUAUCCAUAUGAGGUGCUCACGGUUACCAACAGGGGGCGUGUGAAGCUUCCCAGAGAGGUUGACAGAACAAGACUUGAGCGUCACCUGUCUCCUGGUUCCUUCUUUGAAAUCUUUGGCAUGGCAAUACAAGAAUUUGACAGACUUCCCCUUUGGAA